ACACAAACCACGAGUGUGACGCCAUGCCAACACUUGUGCCCAUGUCACUCCCAGCACAGCCCUCAGGGCUGUUGGUCAUUGUGUAAUUCCAAGUGCUGCUCUCUGCUGCUGCCCAUAAUGGAAGAGAAUGCUCCGCCUCGCACGGAUGUUACGCACUGCUCUGCUCGUGAAUGCUGUCAUCUCUGUUGGCAGCAGAGCCAUUCCCACAGCUCCUGGCACCAAGCCUGCUGCUCUCAGCCCGCAUCAGAAAUUCCUCUAAUGAUUUCCAGAAAGGCGUUGGGAUCUUUAGUCUGCCUGUCUGCUGUAACCACAUUGAUCUGGGUCGCAGUUGGGAAUUGGAAAGUGCACUACCUCCCAUAUUACCUUCCCUGCCCUGGAAUCUUCUCCAAGGAACUCCUGUAUUUGGAAGAAAAGCCAGUCCAGCUUUUCCCACAAUUAUUUUAUCAGCAACCACGAGUGCUGGCUCCAAAGCGUCAGGAUGUGCUAACAGUCACACCAUGGUUGGCCCCCAUCGUUUGGGAAGGCACCUUCAGCCCUGAGAUCCUGGACAGUGUCUACAUGCCAUUGAAUCUCACCAUAGGGGUGACAGCCUUUGCCAUUGGAAAAUACACGAGGUUUGUGGGCCGCUUCCUGGAGUCAGCAGAGAUGCACUUCAUGAAAGGCUAUCGAGUGAACUAUUACAUCUUCACUGACAACCCCGAGAUGAUCCCCAGCAUCCAGCUGCAACCUGGCCGAAGAUUUGAUGUUGUGCACGUCAAGAAAUACCCCAGCUGGCAAGAGAUCUCCAUGCGCAGGAUGGAGACUAUCAACCUACACAUAGCAGAGAGGAGCCAUCAGGAGGUGGACUACCUCUUCUGUCUGGAUAUUGACAUGGUGUUCCACAAUGCCUGGGGGGCUGAGACCCUCGGUGACAUUGUAGCAGCCAUACACCCUGGUUAUUUCAAUGUCCCUCGAAGCCAGUUCCCAUAUGAGAGGAGGAGCUCUUCAGCAGCCUACAUCCCUGAGGGAGAAGGGGACUUCUACUAUGGAGGAGCUGUGUUUGGAGGGCUGGUCAAGAAGGUCUACGAGUUCACCAAGACUUGCCACAUGACCAUCCUGGCAGACAAAGCCAACGGGAUCAUGGCAGCCUGGCAGGAAGAAAGCCAUCUCAACAGGCACUUUCUCUCCCAUAAACCCUCCAAGGUGCUCUCUCCAGAAUAUAUAUGGGAUGACAGGAAGCCAAAGCCCCCUGAAAUUUACCUCAUACGCUUUUCCACAGUAGAUAAGAACUACCAGGAGGUAAGAAAUUGACCUCCUGAUCCUCGCAGAGAGAUGUCCUCCAACCUGCUGAAUGUUAGCUCCCAGUGAAGGUGUCCCACUGUGGGUAGUUUCUCUGGAGAAUGAGAGCCUUAAAGCAUUUCAGAAGCAGCAGCCAAAGUGGAAGUGAGAAUGGAAAGGUUUCUAGGUUCCUAAUCAUUGUAAAUACAAGUGUAGCUCUGAGAGUGGAAGCAUAGCAGCAGGUAUACAAAGGGUGUGCUGUCAAGUAGAAGGCUGUCCUCACAGCAAGGCUGCAAAUGCUGUUGUUUGCAUAUUUUCCUGAAGCUUUGCAGAAACUUAGGCAGGAUCAAAACUUUGGCAUCCCUAUGGAAAAAGAAAAAGACCUUUCCACUUAAAAAUACUUCAAACACUCUGCUUUUAAAAAAAAUUAUUAAUUUUCACAUACUGUAGUUCAAACACUAGAUAAGGAUCAGCUUACCCUCAGUGCAGGUUAUCCCUAUUAGUGUGCAGCAGUGACAGAGCUCUUCUCAGCAGUGAGAUGCAGGAAUUCCUGACGGACCAGCAGUGCCAUUUCACACACUUCCAAGCUGUUUUGGGCACCCAAGUUCAGACUGAACUGGCACAGUUCAAACCCAGAGAGCGUUGUGGGUUUGUUCCAGUCACAGAUGUGCUAUUCGCCUUUUUGCCAGCUCACACGUCUCUGGGGCUCAUAUAAUCUUUUCCAUGGUGUGAGAGGUCCAUGUGCUUACUCUCUGCUUCAGUCCUCUCCAAGUUUUCUGAGUAUUGUAAAACAAAUGGGCCAGAAGCUGUUGGAGCUGACAGCCAGAGUUGGAGCAUUUCCUACAGACAGGGUGGCUUCACUCCAUAAUGAAAUGCUCUCUUGGAUCUGUAUGUUCAGCUGGGAGCUGGAGGUAGGCUGGGGUUAACCUUUUCUUUGCAUGAACGUGAUAAGAAGCUGACCCAGGCACACUGCAGCCUUCCAAGCCUGCGAGCUCAUGGGGCAAAUAGGUGGGGAGGGUGUCCAAACACAGGGGAACAGCUGUGCCUCGCCAGCAGCAGCUGCAAAAUGGUUCAUCAGCUGUGGUUACAGGGUGGAGGUCUGUGUGUUUACUCCCUGCUACAGCACAUUGGCUGUGAGCAUCUUCCCUGUGAGCUCCUGAGGAGUGCUGCCAGUGGGCACUGCGGGUCUGUGCCAGCCUCACUUGCCAGGAAUAUCUUUAUCCCAGUAUUUCCAAUCAAAACCAGGAUUGUUACUGACCAUCUUCUUGUUCUAAAACAAUUGUGCCCAAAGCUCACACCUGACUCUAGGGUCUCAUUAUGUCAGUAACUACAUAUGGGCAUAUGGAGCCCUUUGCAAGCCAGAAGGAGCUGUCUGGUUUGAUCUCCUGCAUGGGGUUAGCCAGAUAAUUUUAUCUCCUGCUGUCAGUAUCAAUGUCAUAAUACAGGGCUGAGCUGUGCUACAUCUCUUAGAAGAGAAUUCAGGCCCAACACAAACAUCAAGUGAUACAGAAGCCACAAAGCCAUAGUCAGCUCCUCCUGUGCCUUAAUUCUUCUCCAAGUCAGGCUCUCUUUUUGGCUGUUGGAUUUUCUUCUGCCACGCUAGAUUAUUCAGAUUCCUGUGCAGAUAUUCAUAUUCACGUCACAGUUCUGCUCACCAGGGCUGUGAUUGGAAGCAGUGCCCAGAGACACCCAUUGUCUUUGGGGAGCAGGAGACUGUGGCUGCAGGAGGAUGCUGCAUUCCCCAUUGUGGCACACUAAUUGAUGAGAGCCUGGACUUCUGCCAUCACCUCCUGCUGAUUAAUCCCCUUCCCCCAGCACCAGGCUUUGCUUUUUGCCUUUGCAUUGUGCAGCCUGAGACCCGUGGGCUGGGGGGAGUUUCACAGAGCUCACUUUCUGCUCUUAAUUUUUCACCAAUGCUCACAGGGAAACUGAGGCACAUAGUAGCAAAGCAUGGCGUGGUGCUGCUGCGUAUGGGGGCUGCCACAGGGGGAUAAUGCUGUGUCUCAUGUCUUUAUGUCAAGGGAAUUUAGACUUGGAAACAUGCUUGCUGUACUGCAUAGAAAGUGAAUCAGCACAUACAAAUAAAUUAUCACCCAAAUUUACAUUGUCUGGGGGUCUGAUCGUGCUUUCAAGGUAUUUUUGACUCAAGAGCUGCUUGUCCUUAACCAAGCAUCACAUUAUAGCUUGUUGCUUUCCCAAGGGUCCCUUGUUCUGUCUGUCUCCUUCUGCUUGACUGGAACAGACCCAUCAUUCAUUGUCCAUCUAAUUUAAGAGCGCACCUGACAGCCUUCUCUCCUUGUUCCAUCUGAGGACAGGCAUGGUGCAACCAUCCCAAAGGAAAACCUGCUUUGGGGAGCAAGAAACAGAAACUUCCAGCACUGAAAAUGAUCUCAGGUGGGAGAAGGACAAGAAUCAUUUGCACAGAGCCACAUUAGCACCUUUUUUGCUUUUUGGGUUUUCCUUUAUCCUCCCAUAGAUGCAAAGCGAGGUUCCUCCCCAGAGAGGAUUUGUUCUGAUCCUAAAGGGCAGCUGUGGGCACUGGGGGUCCUUUUUGCUCACUCACACUUCCCCUGCUCUGCUUCAGCUCUCCACCCAGUGAGGGAUCCCUGGGGAGAACCACGCAGAGAGUAACAGCUGCUCUCUGUGUGACAGUGAUAGGCACUGGGGGACAGCAGAAACCAGAGGGCUCUGCAGCAGUGGGUUGCACUUCACUCCCACUAAAUCCCCACAGCCGCUAGCAAAACUCAUCAGGGCAGUGAGUCCUCAGUGCCUGCCCACCCCCAGCUCCCUCCUUCUCUGUGGGUAAGAGCACUGCUGCACUGACUUGACUU